CCUCCCGCCGCAGGGGGCGGUAAUGAGCACAGUUCUCCGAGGUCGCUGCAGCUUGAAGCAUAAGCCGGACUCAAAAUUCACGUUUCUGCUCCGACAGACGUUAAAAAGCAGCGCAGUUUCAGCUUCGUAAAAGAAGGCCUUAAAGAAAGAAGACCAAGAAGCUGUUUUUAGCCAGCUCCGUAAAAGUUACGCUAAAGGCCGUAAGGAGCAUUUCAGCGUCGUUAAACUGACGCUCACAGGUAAGAGCUGGUUGUGAUAGGCCCGCUGUACCUCACCGCAGCGCACGGCUGAUAAGAAUCAGGUGCGUUAAACUGUAAUCUCUGAUUUUUAUUCAUGAAAACGUGAUAAGUUUGUCUGCUGUCGCAUGUCGUGGCGAACGCAGUCUAAACUCCGCCCACCGCCGGAUGAGCCAAUAGGAAAACGUCUCUGUGAGCCGCCUUACCUGUCGCAGGAAGCGGAAGGAACAGCACGUGAACGUCAGUAUAAACAAACUGCAGAGGAUCAACAGACCUCAGCUGCGGCGGCGCACCUGUGCUUUUACCUGAGCGCGGAGGCUGUCCUGCUAAAAUAAUCACCUGUAGAAGUGAACUCAGGAGUUAAAAUACCAACAUCAGCGCUCUUAGAGCCUAAUCUAGUUUCAGCACCGACUCAGUUUGUACCUCUUAAACUCAAAGAUCAGUGAAGUGUUUAAAAAAUAAAAGCAGCUGAUGACUCCGAUUUAUAUGCAGCAGGUAAUUAAAAUCACAGGUAGCAGCUCACGUGAUUACAGGUGUUACGGUGCUUCAUCCCGUUCAGGUAGAAGUAAAAGUAAACUCUCAGAAAGCCUGACUUAUAUAAAGUUAUGUACUCGGCUCUGUGUCCGUGAAAGGACCGUGCAGGCUCGUGUGUGAAAUUGUUAGACUUCAGCAGCGCGUCCUGGGCUCAGGGAGGUUCCAAAGUCCAGCUGGUUCUUCCUGGACCUCUGAGGGUAACCGAGCUGCUGCUCAGGGAACUGUACAGGGCUGCAGGCACAGGUAAGUACUGCGGGCAGUGUAACUCGGAGGAAGGACACCUGUCACAUAAUCGUAAGUGUUGGUUCGUUUGCUCAUAAAUGUGACAGCAGGACUCUUACUGACCUCAGAGCUACAGCACUGUGCAAAAGACUUGAGCCACUCGACAGCUUUUCUUCCAUUGGACAUCGGCUGCUUUUUUUUUUUUUUAAUUGUGUCUUUAGGCUGUUUGUUUCCAGCAGCCGGUCACACAAACACUUCAUCUGUUCCCGUUUCUUUAGCUGCAUCUAUAAAAAUGCAAAGGCAACAGUUUGUGGUGGUGCGCACACCGAAUGUGGACUUUGUGUUUCCAUUUAUGUUUGUGCGUUUCAAUAAAUCGCUGCACCUAUUUCCUGUUUUCCUGGCAAACUAUGAAGAACUGAGGCUUUUACACAGUACUGUACAUGUGGGCAGUAAAACUCUGAGCCACUGGCCUGGACCUGUUAGUUUGGACACAUUAAUAAUGUAUAAUGUUUAUGUAUUUCCUUCAGGAUCAAUAAAGUAUCCAUCUAUUCUCACUUUAUGCUCCUUUAAAGGCUCACACACUCAUUCACUAACACACUUAAACACACAGAGAAACACCAGAUCUCAGGAGAGUUAAUACCACUGAUUCUGUUUACUCUAUAAUACUUUUCUAAAAGUACCUCCUGGCUAAGAGCAAUGAGGCGCUGCCACAGAAAUCAGCGGGGUGUGACUGUGACCCUUCCUUUGCAGGUUUGCAGGAUGCAGUACUGCAGCACUCGUGGGGGGGUCCGUGGCUGGGACUUCCGGGAUGUGCUGUUUUCGGGAUACGCUCCGGACGGAGGGAUGUUCAUGCCGGAGAGUUUGCCUCCACUGAGUCCUGACACCCUGAGGAGCUGGAAGGGGCUGUCCUACACCAAAGUGGUGGUGGAGGUCGCCUCACUGUUCGUCCGUCCUCAGCUGAUCCCCAGAGAUGACCUGGAGGUCCUCGUGGCCGAGGCCCUGUCUGGUUUCUCUGUGCCUGAGGUGGUUCGGAUCGCCCGGCUAAAUGGGGGUCUGUCCAUCCUGGAGCUCUUCCAUGGAGACACCUUGGCCUUUAAGGACCUGGCUAUGACCUGCACUGUGCGCUUUCUCAGUUACUUCCUGCAAAAAGAGAGCCGCAGAGCGACUGUUCUCGUAGGUACGUCAGGGGACACCGGCGGCUCUGCUAUCCAGAGCGCCAAAGGUCUCCCGGGGUUGGAUGUGAUGGUGGUUUACCCCCGAGGACGCAUCACUCCGGUGCAAGAGAAGCACAUGACCUCCUGCCUGGAGGAUAACGUCCAUGUGUUUGCAGCUGACGGCAGCUCUGACGACAUAGACCGGCCGCUGCGCCGCCUGUUUGCCGACCAGGAGCUCGUUAAAUCUCACGGCCUUAUGAGCCUCAACUCGGUGAACUGGUCCAGAGUCAUGAUCCAGCUCGCCCACUUCAUCUAUGCCUACCUGGAGCUCAGUGGGCUGAAGCGGGACGAGGCGGGCAAAGCGCUGCCCGAGCUGGAGGUGGUGGUUCCUACCGGAGGAGCAGGAAACAUCGCAGCCGGCUUCAUCGUAAAGCAGAUGGGACUGCCCCUGAAACUGGUUGCCAUGGUGAACUCUAAUGACAUCGUGCACAGAACGGUUACCAGCGGUGACUUCUCCAUGGCAGCUGACGUCACACGGACACUGGCCCCAGCCAUCGACAUCCAGGACCCGUACAACAUGGAGCGAGUGUUCUGGCUGCUGCUGGGCAGAGACGGCGCCAGAGUGAAGACGAUGAUGGAGGAGUUUCAGCGCUCGCACCGACACUCGCUGCCUGAGAACCACCGCAGACUGCUGUCACAGGUUCUGUCGACGGGCGCGGUGGCGGAUGAGGGGAUCCUGGAGACCAUGAGGAGGUGCUGGGAGGAGAACCGGUACGUGCUGUGUCCUCACACAGCUGUGGCCGUUUGGCAUCAUUACCGCUGUCCUCACAGCGCCGGGCUCCACAGGUGUUAUAUUGCAACUGCAUCUCCCGCCAAGUUUCAAGCAGCAGUGGAGAAAGCAGGUUUGACCUUUGACCUGCCAGAGGCAGUGCUGGCUUUGGAAAAGCUGCCGAGCCGUUACCAGGAGCUGGAGCGGAGCCAGAACUGGUGCAAAGACUGGGAGGACAGUCUGAGAGCCAGAAUCCAGUCCGUGAGCGCCGUGAGGAACAGUGGCGGCACUUAUUACACCUGAGGCUCUGAUUGGACAGUAAACAGCUUCGAGGUCAGGUGGCUCUGGCAGCCCGCCGCUGAUCUCUGAGCCUCCUCAUCAGGAUGUAGUGAAUGAUAGUGGUAAAGGUGUGAUUCCUCAGAUGGACUUUGGUGUGUGGUGUCAUCAUGCAGAGCUGUGUGAGUUUAACGUCUCAGCCGAGGCUCCAUCAGCUGCCAUUAUUUAACCAACAUCAGAUUUCUGAGUCUGGACUUGGUCUGUCAUUAAAGCUCACCUUGAAACAUCAGUGUAUUUAUACGAAUACAUUACUGUGCCUGUAAAAUUCAAAACACCAAUAAUUAAAUGAGACGAUUUCAGCAGAAACGCGUCGCUGUCACUCAGA